UACAAAUGGCUAAGCUAUACUCUGGGAGUUCACGUCAACCAGGCUAAACAGAUGCUGUAUGAUUACGUGGAGAGGAAACGAAAGGAGAAUUCGGGAGCGCAGCUUCACGUCACCUACUUAGUAGCAGGAAACCUCAUGCAGAAUGGACAAGUUAACAGCAAAGUGAGUGAAGCUCAGAACUUGCCAUCUGCACGUAAAUGCCUAGUCAGGCUGCUGGGUUCAGCAAUGAAAUCUAAACUAGCCACGAUUGCCAGCGUGCAUGUCUACAGCAUCCAGAAAGCUUUGCUCAAGGACAGUGGGCCGCUCUACAACACAGACUACGAUAUUGUCAAAACAAACCUGCACAACUGCAGCAAGUUUAGUGCCAUUCACUGUGCCGCUGCGGUCCCCAGGACGUCGGCCGAAGUUUCUCAAGCACAGACAUCUCUGCAGGCUGGUUCCCAGACACAAAGUGACACGAAUGCUGUCAGCGUACCUGCGGUCAACGGCCAUGGUCCAUCGACCGCUAAACAGCCCUCGCAGCAGCCCAAAGGGAUCAUGGGAAUGUUUGCAGCAAAAGCAGCUUCCAAACCCCAGGACACAAAUAAAGAAACUAAAGCAGAGGCUAAGGAGGCCCCAGGUGUGUCUGCAGUAAGCAGCAAACCACCAGCAAAGGGCAACAUAAUGAACAACUUCUUUGGAAAAGCUGCCAUGAAUAAACUCAAAGUCAACUCUGUGCCUGAGCAGCCAAAGGAGGAGAAAGAAGUAGUCAAGCCUUCAGUUCCUGUAGCAGAACCAGAGUCAUCCUGUAAUGCUGUAGUAGAGAAACCUGGGAAGAAAACGGAGUCUACUAGAAUUCAACAAAAGGACAAAAAAAGUAAAAUGAAGAGGGUGGACAAGUCGGAUAGCGAGGAGGAAAGAGAACCCGAAAAUCUGAAGAAAAAGAGGAAGCGAAUUAAACAACUUGAGUCUGACAGCAGUGACGAGGAAGCAGAUGUUCCGCUGUCUCCCACACCUGAGGAAGAGAAAGCUCCAUCUCCGCCUCCUGUACCUGCUCUGAAAACCGAACUGGAGCCUGCUUCCGCGGAGGUUUCAUCUGGAGGCAAGAAGAGGAAACGGAAGCGUGUGCUGAAAUCCAAAAUGUUUAUUGAUGAAGAAGAAGGCUGCAUGGUGACUGAGAAGGUUUACGAGAGUGAAUCCUGUACGGAUAGCGAGGAUGACUUCGCCAAAUCCAGGCCACCAGCUGCACAUAAACAGCCCGCGCUGCCUCUGAAGAAAGAACCAAAGGAAGAAAGGAAGAACCUGAAGAAAGGGGCAGCUACUGCCAACAGAGCCAACAAACAGGUCUCCAUCAUAGGGUUUUUUCAGAAGAAAUGAACUGGGUCUUUCUCCUGGUCCUCUUGGGAGCGUUGCUCUUUUUGCGUGGCUUUCUGAAAGCUGCUGCGCUGGAGGAGAACGACAUGCAAUCUUCAGUUACGUAAGAUAUCUUGCUUACUGUGUAAGUAAGCCCUCUGGACUAGAUUUUGUAUCAGGGGAAAAAAAAGUUGUAUUUGUUACUGCAAUAAUUUCAGUCAUCUUUACUAAGCAGCAUGGGAAUCGGCAGCUAGAAGCGAAAUCGAGGGGAACUCUUGAAAUCUUGAAAGACUCUUAAUCUAUUCACAUGAAAUUUUAUUUUUUUAAUACAGCCUUUUCACCUGUUUGGUGCUGAAGGCCUGUUCCACGAGUGGUAGAUGGGCUAAAUUAGGAGUUGAGUUGUGGCAUUUCCCCCUCUCCCCCUCAUCUUUUUACACCCCUGGCUCUCCAGGUCGAUCUAAGCGUUCACGUUGGUUAGACGCUGUAACAUAGCAGGUCUUCAGGCAGACGCACAAAUACCAAACAUCUGCUUCAGCUUUAGCUGAAUGAAGGGAACUUAAUUUCCCCCCUAAGACCGGUAAAUAGUUUUUGCUCUGCCUUUCAUAAUUUUUUUUGGACAAAGCAGUGCGUACAAAAUUCUCUUACUCUUUUCUUCCUUGAACGUAUCCUCUGUACAUUGCUCAGAUGCCUAAUUACAGACCGGGGUGCUGUUGGUGCUCUGUCUUUGCAAAAACAUCUUGGAGGCUUCCCACACAAUUGGCUCCAGUGUAACUGGGGGAAGGCUUCGCUGUUAUUGGGAAAGCGACUGUAUCUCUAACCUUGAAGGUCAGCGAGUCAAAGGGAAGGGUGAUUAGAGGCCACUUCUGAUAACACCAGUCAGGUACCUGCUGUCGUGGUCUGUGAAGAAUUGCACGCUGCUUUUUGUGGCUUUGUAGGUUUUGGUUUGCCUGAAGGGUGUGUUUUUGUUUUUGUUUUUCAAUGGGCAUAAACCAGACAACAGGAGAGUUGUUUUCUAGGACAUCUCAUCGUCUGCCUGCUGACGGAAGUGUGUCACAGCAAAUGGUCCUGAGGAACUGGUUAUUGGGGGUUAAUAAAGCACCGCAGUCCGGUUAAUCGGAGACGAGGCGUCGCUUUGGAUGCCUCCUGGUUUUCUGGUGCUGAAUUUGGUCAAUAUGAAUUUGGUCAAUAUGUAUAAAAGGCCAGAUUUUCCAGAGGAUGAGUGCUGAGCACUUCUGAAGCUUGGCCUGGCGAGGGCUCCUAAGUGGGCAACUGAUGUCAUCAGUGGUUGUUUCUGAGUGGCGUUAGGCCAACGUACGUAUGGAUAUGUAUGUGCGUGUUGGUUUAUAAAGUGUUUGUGGUUGGCAGAAAGGUAGAUAAAGUCUGAAGAGCGUGAACCAAGGAAGAAAUGUCUUCAGGCAGCCAGCGGAAAGUAUCCCGACCUGUGGCUGGUAAAAGGGCCAACCGAGUGUAUUUACUCAAGUCGUUCUGACCAGAUCAGGUUGGUGACUCGAAAAAUUUGAACACGCACCUAAUAGUGACCAACAGUUGGCUCGAUUUGGAGUCACGUCACCCUAGGCAGCUUGCACCCUCGUUAGAUGGGAGAGGAUCCCCUUAAAACCAGCAGCGUCUCUGGAUUUGUGCCCAGGCUUGGGUCCUGGCUGGGUGGCUUCAGCCGCUCGCUGCGUGCAUCGCUGCUGUCGGGGCUGUUUGAGGGUAACCUCGUAGCUCAGCACCCUCCCCGUGCACGUUAAGAACUUAAACUCUGGGCUUUCUGAACCGGAGACGUGUAGGAAAAAUAACGGGAAGAUGGGUGAGGGAGGGCAGAAUUGGCACGGUACUCGCCAAACACAGAGCCUGCUGCACAAGCUGAAAAAGGGUUUCAUGCUCUCGUGGUGACGUGGGCAGCAGAGGUGAAAGAAUGAACAACCUUGUUCUGACUUUUUAUGAAGAAAAUUUAACUGUUCAAAAAAAAAAAAAAUAUACUGCUGUAGCGUUUCUGUUUUUCUUGGUAGAAUUGGGGGUGUAUUUUGAAAAGUAAUGAUAAGUAACAAAACCCCAUUAAAUAACAGACUUUUCUUUUGUCCUUGCUAUUU